AUGAUUGCCCAAUCUUUGCCCAUGGCGGCCAUGUUCAUGAGAAACAAAUUGUUGUCGUGGGCAUCGUUGUUUCUCGCUAUCCAAUCGUACUUGAAUGAGCCCAUCAAUGGCGAAAAGCCAGCCGACGCUCAGCCUCCAUUUUUGAGAAUUGUGUUCGCAAUCGUGUCGUUAUUCACCUGCUACUUGGACUUGUUCUUUCCCAACACCGGCUCUGCCCCUAAGCUGAGUUUGUUGUCGAACGUUGCGUCGCUGGUAACACUGGCUGUUUCGCUGGCAACGAAAUAA